AUGUACAACCCAAACAUCAAUCCGCACAACGCCGUGCCACCAAACGACGCCGUCUAUCAUCCACAGAUGAUGCCCUCCAUGUCCAACUAUCCACAAGACAUCAUGUCGAUCCAAAUGGCUCCUCAACGUACCGUCAUGCCUCCCACCUCUUACCCGGACCCGGAUGCUUCCACGCAUGGAGCUGAUGCCUCUACAGACGCCGCCAACCAGGACGAAGAUGCAGAAGGGGCCGGCAAGAGGAGAAGAGUGCAACGAGCCUGCGACACGUGUCGCAAGAAGAAAGUUCGCUGCGACGGUCUCCAGCCCGACAAGGGCGCUUGUACGAAUUGCGCCAACUACGGCUACGAAUGCACCUUUGUCGAUGCCGCGAGAAAGCGCGCACCACCACGAAGCUAUGUCGAGGCCAUCGAGGCUCGCAUCGUCAAGAUGGAACAGCUCAUCGCUUCCCUAGCACCGGGCGUCGACUUCACAGAUCGCAUCGGCAAACCCAUCAGAAGACCGGAUGACAAGGGAGACGACGCCAACAACGCUACUGCCAAGCCUGGCCAAGAGUCGCCUCCCAUCCAUGGUGGUUCCAUCGCACCCCUACCUUUCGACAGAUCCAACUCGCUCUGCCAGCAAGCCGCGGGUGGCUUCUCUCAAAUGCUCUCGCCCCCGCACGCCAAAUCUUGCAACAACUCGGAAUCCGAUCUCGCCUCCACCGACGAAGACUCGGAGGACGACAUUGCUUUCAUCGAGACCCGCUUCGGAGAGACCCAGAUCAAGCCACAACGCGUCGUAUCUUCGGCAACCACCGCCACGGCUGCGACCACCUUUGACAGCAGUGCCUCGGAGCGUUUCAUUCUCGGCGACCAAGCUAAGCAGCAAGCGAAGCAAGAUUCCCCCUCCCACACGCCUCCUACCCACAAGUUCAUCGGCAAAGCGAGCGGCUUGCAUUCGCUACCGCUUCUCGAGAGACUCAGCAGUAAGACCUUCCAGGAGCUUGGUGUUCAUCCAACCGGCGCCCGUUCCGAGUUCUGGGCGGUCCCCUCCGGAUUCAUUGACCCACCUGCCGAUCCCAUCACAGCCAGUACCGCCUGGCCCGCUCCGGACCUCGCCGAGACGCUCAUUGACGCCUACUUCAGCCGUCUGAAUCGAGAGUAUCCCGUGGUCAACGAGGCCCAAUACCGUCACGAGUACACCAAUCAGCCUGAGCUACGCAAAGCGCCCGAAUGGCUGGCUCUCUCGUUCUGCAUCUUCAUGGUGGGCAGUCAGUACGUCACGGACGAGAGAGUGAGAGCGUUCCCUCAGGACAAGCACUCGCGCGGGAUGCACUGGUGGCAAGCCGCCAAGACGCUCAUCUAUCGCAACGUAAGGGUUCAGAAGCCAUUGGCGCACAUCCAAUGUCUUUUGCUCUCCACCCUCUUCCAAUUCGGCCUUCCGAUUUCGGCAUCCAGCUCGUGGCUCCACCUCGGCGCUGCCAUCCGCAUCCUGCUCGAUGUCGGCGCGCACCGAAAGCAAACGGCCAAGAAGCUCAAUCUGUCUAGAAUCGAGGACGAGACCUACAAGCGCGUCUUUUGGGUCGCCUACAGCCUGGAUCGAGAAUGCGCUUCGUGCCUCGGCCGACCGAUCAUGUUGCAGGACGAAGACAUUGAUCUGGAUCUGCCCGUCGAGAUCGAUGACGAGUAUCUCUUCAACACGCCGGAAGACCAGCCCCUGCCUCAGCAGCCUUCCGACACGCCGGCGCUCAUCAGCGGGUUCCUCUGCUCGCUGCGACUCGACGAGAUUGUCGGCCGAACGCUCAAGACCAUCUACGCGCUGCACAAGACCAAGGUGCGCUUCGGCAUCGCUUCCAAGGAGUGGGACGAGAGGCUGGUCACCGAGAUCGACUCGGCGCUCAACACGUGGCUCGACACAGUGCCGGCGCAUCUACGCUACGACCCGCACGAAAGCGAUGACGAGUGGCUGUUGCAGUCGUCCUACCUCUACUCCAAGUACUACAACUGCCAACUGCUGGUCCAUCGGCCGUUCAUCGCCGCCAAGAAGGGCGCCAACGAGUCUUCCAUCCUCAACUUCCCCUCGCUUGCCAUCUGCACCAAUGCAGCGCGCAGCAUCAGCCAUCUGCUCCACAACCUUGGCGAUCGUCAGCUGCACAACAAGGUGGGCAACGAUGUCGCCUUCCGCUCGGUCAACGCCAGCACUAUCCUGCUCAUGGUGGUGUGGGGAGCCAAACGCAAUGGUGGCAGGGUGUCGAGCUCGGCGAGCACCGACCUGCGCCGGUCGAUCGACGUGCUUCGCGCCAUGGAAGACCACUGGCAAUUCUGCGGCAAAGCCGUCGACUUUCUCGAGUCGAUCAUGGCCGCGACGCACGUCGUCGUGCCUCGAAGCGAUUCGCAAUCCGAGCAAGGUACCAAGCGAUCACGAGACGGGGCGGACGCGCAAGAGGUCAAGCUGGAGGAUGAACCUUCCGUCGCAGUGCCAGAAGCGUCGACUCGUCCGGGCGGAGCGUCAAGACGGGGAUCGCGAAAGUCCAAGAGCAAAGUGGACGCUGCGUAUACGGGAAGACGAGACCAGCAGCCGCUAGCACCCGAAGCACGGCAGUUGCCGCUGUCGACGUCGCAGCUCGCCGUCAUGACGCCGCAGUCGCAUUCCGAGCCCUCGCCGCGCUCUGCCACGCUGGACAGCGUCGCUUGGCAGAACGGGGGCAAUGUGUUUGGCGAAACGGUGGGACUCAAGACGCCGCAACCGGCGGGUAGGGCACGCAUGCCGUCGCUGAGCGGCGCAUCCGGUCUAGCGUUCGGCCUGAUGACGCCCUCCCUGGCGACAGGAUGGGGUGUCCCUGGCGACACAGACUACCUCCACGGCCCGCACUCGCAGUCGACCUCCUUCCAGAACAUCCCCGCCGUAACACCGUCGAUCUUUGACAGCCUCGGUCUGCCCGGCAACGCCGACGAUCUCAUGCAGGGCGGAAUGCCGGACAUGUCCCAAUUCGCCUUUCCCGACGACGCCGCGGCGAUGGGCGCCAACUUUGACCACUAUUACCCACCAGGUCAGACGACGAGCGGCGACACCCCCCAGUCCGACUCCAGCAGCGGCCUCGCCAGCUACGCCUUCGAACUGCUCCAGAACCAGAGCGUCUACGAUUCGUUGAACUUGAUGCAGCAGCGUGGGCAGUGA